AUGUCGCAACCGUUCGGCACGCGCUCCUACAACUCGGGCAAACUGCCCGACCGCUCCGUCAACGCCAAUGCCAUCCCCUUCAGCGCCUCGUCGUUCUCGCGUCAACGCCUGGGCGCCGCCGGCCCCGCCGACUACGCCGCUGAGCCCGCCAAAUCCUCCCAGCAGGCUGCAGCCAGCGGCAUGCACUCGCAGGCCCACGCGCCCUCGACGCAAGAGAACCCGCUGAGCCGGUUAACAGAGGAGCAGCGCGAGGAGGUGAACGAAGCCUUCACCCUCUUCGACCUCGACCGCGACCAACACCUCGACUACCACGAGCUCCGGGUUGCCUUCCGCGCGCUGGGCUUCACCCUCCCCAAGCAGGAGCUCAUCUCGCUGCUGACGACGUACGGCGUGCCGCGCCCGCAGGUCCAGCAGCAGCAGUCCGCCGGCGGCGCGUCGCAGCAGCAAGCCCCCGCAAAGGCCGCCCCCGCGACGAACCCGCAACACCCCUCGAACCUGCUCAUGCCGCUGUCGUCGUUCCAGACCAUCACGGCGCUGAAGAUCCUCGAGCGCGACCCGCGCGAGGAGAUCCUGCGCGCGUUCGAGCUCUUCGACGAGGGCGGGAAGGGGUUCAUCGAUCUGGAGGAUUUGCGGCGUGUUGCCCGUGAGCUGGGCGAGACGGGCCUCGAGGAGGAGGAGCUGCGCGCCAUGAUUGAGGAGUUUGAUUUGGAGGGUGUGGGUGGUGUCACCCGCGAUGCGUUUGCUGCGACACAGCCAGUCCUAUCAACGAAGACCAUACAUAUCACCAACCCAUAG